UCUGAUCAAAGAUCUUACUGCAGGAAUGCUUAUCUUCCGGUGAUCUCCAGCCACGUUCGCUGAACGCUGAAGUCAGUCUCGCACGAUCAGCAGGACUGACGUCUCCUGGACUGCCUGUCCUUGCCCAAGGACUUUGUCUCAACUGAAGGCUCAACGUAUACUUCGCGCGCCUUUAGAAUGGCUACUUUGGGGGCUCCCAAUGGCCCCUGGGCCGACCGAUAUCAUUCGGCGCGAUCUACGGUAACGACGCACAUACAGCAGCUUUACCAUUUUCGACCGAGGGCUCGACCGACGAGAAUUCUGUUCCUUGCAGUUACAGCAUUCCUGCUUUUCAUUGUCCUUCUGUCGCAUUCUCCCGCUGAGCCAGCCGUCAACUACUGGUUAAAAUAUCCAUCAUAUCGUUCCUCUCAAGAUCGUCCCGAAGACCUGCAAAUCGUUCAUAUGGGGAGACCUACCCUCACCAGAAACGAUACGCUUCCAGGCAACCUCCAGAAGAAUAACCCCUCAUUCCACCUCGUCAUUCCUGCAAAGAGAAAAUCCCCCGCCCUUUGUCGCAUGUUGACUUCCGCUAUGAUUCUGAACUAUCCGCCCCCAACGCUGAUUAACUAUGGAAAACAACUUCCCGACGGGGCUAAAGAAUAUGAUGUUAUGAAGGACCGAAUCGCCGGCAUAUAUGAAUUCCUCGACAAAACGCGGCACGUACAAGACAAUGACUUCGUCCUCAUCGUCGAUGGGGCAGACUUCUUCUUCCAAUUACCUCCAGACGUGUUGAUCCAACGAUUCCAAAAGCUUCUGAAGGAGAACAAUGCGAAACUGCAAGAAAAGUACGGUCUUGUGAUGGUGGAAAAGGCUUUUGAACAGACCCCCCCGGAGACAGUGCAAAAGUAUACCCAAAGAGUCCUAUUCAGCGCCAGCAAGGAGUGCUGCCCUGGCCUCUCUCGUGAUGCAGGAUGUGUUGCAGCACCGGAGUCCAGCCUCCCCCCAGACAUUUAUGGGUGGAAGACCGACCACUACCCGGACGGCACCCUUACUCGACCGCGGUGGAUCAAGCCAGGUGCAGUGAUCGGCCAAGUCGCAGAUCUGAAGGCAAUCUAUGCCGAGAUACUGCGCUUCGUUGAACACAACCACAAUGCGCAAGGGGACUAUGUCGCUCUGACCCAAUUAUUCGGACGGCAAGAGUACGUACGGGAACUGGAAAGGCGCAGAACUUCUGGCCCAUUCAUGGAAUGGAUGUAUACACAGAUCGGCAUUUCUGAAGCCUCGAAUCUUACAGGGCUGAAUCCGCGUCUGGAGACCGGUCACCGGUAUGAGUACGGUAUUGGCGUUGACUAUGAAUCACGACUUUUCUUUAACAUGUGGAAUUCUAAGAACGACGUGGAAUGGCUACAGUACAACAAUGUCUCCAAGACAUCCUCCGUCCAGAUGCAGCAUGGCGUCCCACGGGAGAGGCGCCUUCUGCUUCCCGAGGAUCUUAACCCCGAGCAAGUCAGCAAUCCAUUUAUCCAACCCAAGGUUGGCAAAGAUGAACCUCUCAACCCCCCUUACAAUGCUACGCUGGACACCCUCCCAAACCCCCAGCAUCGCUCCUGGCACAAUCUCCCCCUGCUGACCAAUAUCCACUCGGCCGCCGUCCCUGCCCUGGUUCAUCUAGACGGAGACCCAAAGCUGCGAGAUACGUGGUGGUCCAAGAUGUGGUAUCACCCCUGGGCACGAGCUCUUCUUCGCAAGUAUGUGCGCUCCCCGAGCGGGUUCGAAGCCGCGGAGUCGGCCUUACUAGGAGGCCAAGAGUGGUGGGAUCUGCGGGGCGGUAAGGGCGGUAUUUGGACCGAGAAAGGCGAGUGGAUUGAUUACAGCGAAGUUUGCGUGGGCUAUGAACGGGAUCUGUUCAACGAUGGCUUCGGAAAGUGGAGGAAAGAGGCCGGAGACUCCGAUGAGCCGGUUUACAACCAGUUUGGCCAGUUGAUCAAGGGCAAAGAAGACUGAUUGCACUUGUUUGCUUGAAUUAUGCCCGUCGCGCCACAAUCACCAGGUGCUUGCCUGCACCCAAAUUCGAAAAUGAACGACCACAGCUCUCGUUGUUUCAUCGAAUGCGGCAUCCCCAUUUUCAUUUUCCUGCACAUAUUUUCAGAUCUGGCUGCCAGUGCAGCGCAAGCCAUCGACCAUGUUCCAUGGCAUCUAUAUACAUACGAUAAUCGGUUUCCAAAUAUUCUUAACCGUGCCUUACCGAUACAACGGAUCUCGUUUCCUCCAGAAAUGGCCUAUUGACAUUCUUGUACGAUAAUUAUUCACAGGUAUCCAAGACAUACAUGAGAUACCUACAACAUUUACCUAUCUUCCAAAUAAAACACCAAAAACCAAU